UUCUCAGGAUGGUAGAGGUGUGUGUGUGUGCGGCGGAGGACAGUGACAACAUAGAGACCCAAAGCCAGCAGCAGGCAUGGAGGAGGGGGCCACUCCCGACCCAGAGUUCGUGGACGUGGACCAGGGCAUGACGCUGGCCUGUGUGGCCUUCCUCUGCCUUCUCCUGGUGGCCAUGAUCAUCCGCUGUGCCCGGGUCAUCAUGGACCCCUACAGCGCUAUACCCACCUCCACCUGGGAAGAGCAGCACCUGGAUGACUAGCGGGGAACAAGCUGUGCUGUUACACAUAUAGCCACACCUGUGAGGGUGCAGACGCACAGGCACGUAGGGACAUGCACAUGAACGCAAGUGUGGGUAAACACGCACACGCACAAAAGAAAGGAGAGGAGAAGAGAGGAGAGCUUGACCAGAGAGGAGAGUAGAAGAGGAGAA